CUAUCAAUCACAAACCCCGACUGAACGGAUCUCUCGUGAAGCGACAGAAACGCGCAAAAGCGUGAGGCGCGUGACUGGCGCGCACAUCUUUUCCAGUCAGAGCGCGCGUGGAGGAUUCAGUUGCUGUCGCGCGCUGCCGCACGGACGCUCGCUCCAAACGCGCCUCCAUAAACCGGAGUAAAACACUGCUUGUAACUACUUUUAUUGGAUGUUAAGUGAAGAUCAAUGUCUCUGUGGACGUGGUUGGUUAGCUCAUCCUGAUAUUUCUGAGAGAUGCCCGCAUAUACACGGCGCCACAGAUAGACUCCAGCGGACUGAAGCUCUCACCGUCUCACCAUGACCUUCUUCAGCUCUUUAUUUACUCUCCUCCUCAUCAGCAGGUUUCUGGAGAACUCUCUGCUCAGCGCCGAGGUGAAAGAGGGAGAGAUUCUUCCUCCGACCAUCCAGAAGCUGAUGAAGGGAUACAACAAAUACCUCCGGCCUUUUUUUGACAAUGGUCCCGUCACGGUGGGCAUGAGUUUAGACAUCGCCAGCAUUGAUACCAUUUCAGAGAUCAACAUGGACUACACGGCCACAAUCUUCCUCCGGCAGCGCUGGACGGACGAGCGUCUGGUGUUUGAAGGUAAUAAGAGUUUAAGUCUGGACGGGCGACUGGUGGAGCUGCUGUGGGUCCCAGACACAUUUAUAGUGGACUCCAAGAAAUCCUUCCUCCACGACAUCACAGUGGAGAACCGACUGAUCCGGAUCUUUCCCAACGGGACGGUUCUCUAUGCGCUCCGGAUCACCACGACAGUGGCCUGCAACAUGGAUCUGACCAAAUAUCCCAUGGACAAACAGACGUGCACCUUACAACUGGAGAGCUGGGGUUAUAACAUCAAUGACGUGAUGUUUUAUUGGGCGCGUGGGAACGAGUCUGUGAGCGGUUUGGACACGCUGAAACUGGCUCAGUACACCGUAGAGGAUCAUUACACUUCUGUGUCUGAGGCCGUAUAUGAGACAGGAAAUUAUCCCAAGCUGAUCUUUCAUUUCGAGCUGAAGAGGAGCAUCCUGUACUUCAUUCUGGAGACAUACGUGCCGUCCAGCCUGCUGGUGGUUUUGUCCUGGGUCUCUUUCUGGAUCAGUCAAUCAUCCGUCCCCGCUCGCAUCUGCAUAGGUGUGACGACCGUCCUGACGAUGACCACGCUGAUGAUGGGCGCACGGACGUCUCUGCCCAAUGCCAACUGCUUCAUCAAGGCCAUUGAUGUGUACCUGGGUAUUUGCUUCAGCUUCAUCUUUGGAGCGCUGAUAGAGUACGCCGUGGCCCACUUCUGCACUCUACACCACCCCGACUGCAACAGCGCACUUAUGUACGGUCAUCACAUGCACGAUUGUGAGGAGGAGAUGAACGGCAUCGUCACCACCAUCGCCAGCAAUUCCUCUCGGCUCAAGCGGCGCAAAGACUCUCCGUCUCCUGCACCCACGGCCACCGCCGCCGGAGAGCCAGGUCUUGCGCCCUCCAGCCCGACCACCAGCGAACCCAAGACCGCUGAGGUCCCGUCUGAGCUGUUUAGCCGCUGUGCCAAAAACAUCUCUGUCCUGAGGAAGAUCUUGAGAUCCAUUAACUGUUGUCAUGUGGAAAACCCACAUUAUAUAGACAAUUACUCACGGUUAACCUUCCCUCUGUCGUUCAUCAUCGUGAAUCUGCUCUACUGGACCUAUUACCUGUACUUUUAACCAGCGCAUCAUGUUGAAUCAUUUCUGUGUGUUAGUAAGUGUGACAGUGUGUGUGUGUGUGUGUCUGAAAGACCAGUACAGACUCAACAGUGAAGGAGAAUAAUUAGGGUUGCAUCAUUAUUAAAUUUUUCAGCUGAUGAUGAUGAUAGCCGAUUAUUCAGAAUGAUAUCUAUUAAUACUGAAAGUUGAUUAUUCAAAAUGAUAUCUCCUGAUUCGGAUAAUCUGGUUAUCCAAAAUAACUACCAAUAGCUGAUCAAUAGCUGAUUAUUCAGAGUGAUAUCUGCUGAUUCUUAUAAUCUGAUUAUUCAGAAUUAAAUCUGCCGAUACCGAUAGUUGAUUAUUCAAAAUGAUAUCUGCUGAUUUUGAUAAUCUGAUAAUUCAGAAUGAUAUCUGCCGAUACCGAUAGCUGAUUAUUCCAAAUGAUACCUGCCGAUGCGAUAAUCUACUUAUCCAGAAUGAUAUGCCGAUACUGAUAAUCUGAUUAUUCAGAAUGAUAUCUGUCGAUACCAAUAGCAGAUAAUUCAGAAUGAUAUCUGCUGAUUCUGAUAAUCUGAUUAUUCAGGAUGACACCUACCGAUAGCUGAUUAUUCAGAAUGAUAUCUGCUGAUUCUGAUAACCUGAUUAUUAAGAAUAUCUGCCGAUACUGAUAAUCUGAUUACUCAGAAUGAUAUCUGCCAAUACCAUAAUCUGAUUACUCAGAAUGAUAUCUGCCAGUACGAUAAUCUGAUUAUUCAGAAUGAUAUCUGCCGAUACUGAUAAUCUGAUUAUUCAGAAUGAUAUCUGCCGAUACCGAUAAUCUGAUUUUUCAGAAUAUCUGCCGAUACGAUAAUCUGAUUAUUCAGAAUGAUAUCUGCUGAUACUAAUUAUCUGGUUAUUCUGUAUGUUUUCUGCCGAUACCAAUAGCAGAUUAUUCCAAGUAAUAUCGGCUGAUUCUGAUAAGCUGAUUAUUCAGAAUGAGAUCUGAUGACACAACAGCUGAUUACUCAGAAGGAUAUCUGCCGAUACCGAUAUCAGAUUAUUUAGAAUGAUAUCUGCCAAUACACAUCUAUCUAUCAUCAGCAUUUGUGCUAUAAUCUCCAUUACUACAUUUACCACAAUACUUACAAUGGCAGUAAACAAAGCAACAGUUAAAAGAAAAUGUCAACUUUUUGAAUUGUUCAGUAAAUCCCUCCUAUUAUUUGUCAUUCUUGGAGUGGAUUACUUUUCUAGGUGGAUACACUUAGGAGCAUAAUUCCUAUGAGUCGCUUUCUGUAUGGCAAAUGUCUGUCUGUUUAUUGUGUGAAAGUUGGAGUGUUUACCAGCUUUAAUAUGCUACAGAUGCUGUUAUACAGAGAUUAACCUGCAUUGAACUUGCAUUAUUUAAAAUAGCAAGGAGACGUGUUCAGUAUCCUUGUUGUUCCAUAUAUAAAUCUCAAUUAUAGCAUCAGCGUCAGCGUCUGGAUCUCCACAGUGAUUCCCAUGAUUAAAUCCUCUGAACAACUAAAGAUAAAUUGAGGAAAAUGCAUGUGAAUUUCAGCAUCAGAUUACUGGAAAUCUGAGUUUGACAUCACGUAUGGCUGAGAAUGAGCAGACUCGAUCUUAAAGUCAACGUGAAAUCAAAAUUCAGUCAACGUUUCCAUUGAAAUCAUCUAGGCUGUGGACUAUUGGAUAACGUUAAUCUUAAUCAGUAGUCAAAUAAUUAUUUAGUCUGACUUUGUAUCUAAUGCAGCCUUUCUAAAAUAUCGUCAUUUAAUUUUGGUAAAUGUUAAUGUAAUAGAGGUUACAGCAAUAAUAGCAAAUAAUGAUGGAUUUGAUAAAAAAUAAUAAUUAAUGAAAUCAUAAAAAAUAUGACAAUGGAUAAACAAUUUGAAAAAUCACUUACUAAAAAUGAAAAAUUUGUUUACCCGCAUGUCACGUGAUUAACUGAUCUUAACAUAUGUUGAGUUAAACAUCCAAUUUUAGUAUUUGAAGGUGUGUGAAUGUGAUUGUUGGACUGUCAAUGCAUUUCAUGUGCAUUUGUGUGUGUGUGUUCAUUAUCAUUAGCUGGGAGUUGUUGAAACAGUACCAUGCAGUAAAACAUGAUCAAAAAGGGCCUAACAAGUUGAUAUCCUAAAGGUGUAGUUCGUCCAAAGAGGAAAACAAUGUCAUUUACUCACCCUCAUGUCUGUUAAAGACCUAUAUGACUUUCCUUCAAAAGUCAUACGCCUCAUUUGAAUUAAACACAGUUGUAAAUGAAAUUCGAAAGCUGUUGGACACAUGAGGGUCAGUAAAUAGUGACGUUUAGGUGAACUAUCCCUUAAAGCACACCAGUUGCGCUGCUUUAGUCUUUCACAGUCUGUUUUUUCCACACUGUAACGCCUCUAACGUGUCUUCCUCGUGUGUCUGUGGUUCUCCAGUUUGAGUUACGGUGUUGAGAUCAGACAUAAACCAUCGCUCCCUGUUUAUUGCAUUCAUAAAUCCUCCGGCCUCAGCCGCUUUCUUGCACAUUGCGGGAUCGAUGGACCGCAGGGGCCGUGUAAACUCUUUAUGCGACUUGGCUUUAAUGAUUCAGAGGUGUUUGUUGACUCUAUACAGGACGAAGAUGGACCAAAAGCCACGGACUGCGUGUGGCAAAACUCUCUGCAAUACAUUGAAUUUCUUUGGCACGUGCUUCUGUGCAUUAAAGCUCUUGGAUUAUGCAUCAACGGCCUGUACGGAACUGGAUUAAAUACUUUGGGUUGUGGUUUUAAAUAUAGUAUUCAACUAAUGUAUUUUAUUAAAUAAUGCUUGUGUUUUGUUUAAAAUAAUUUAAGGUGAAACAAGCACAGGCAGUGCCACACUAUCGCCCCCUUUUAACACCAUCCAGAGCUCUUUUCUAAGCUGUGAAUGCUUUUAUUUGCGAUUUGGGGUUUUGUUAGCAUUUGUUGUCAUAAUGAUCAAAUGAAUGGAUGGAUUUUCCUCUCUGGACCUUUUUUUUAUUUAUUUGGGAUUGUUGAUGCUCUGAAAUGGAUCUGCUACUUUUGUAACUUUUAAUUGGCUUCAGUUAGAUGUUUUGAGCGUUUGCCGUCGGCAUGCAGUCGGAUCCUUAAUUUCACGUCGAAUGCCUUCCGUUCAAAGUUUAAAACUACAAGUGCUUGAUUUACAAUUUAAUGCAUGUUUCUUUACCACUUUAGGGUAAUAUUACAUUAAUAUUGACUGUAAAUUUACAUUUAUGGGACUUUUUUGUGUUUGUUUAUAGGUUGUUUUUAAUUUGCCAAGUUGAGAAUUAAUGCAAUAACACAUCAUUUACUGUAUAUGCAUAUCAGGUUUAUUAUCAUUAACUAAAACUAAAACCUUAAAAAAGGGAAAAAGCAUUUUCAGGACUUAAAAUAAACGUCACCUGAAAUAAAACUUUUUAUUGCAGCUAAAAACUUUUUCAUUUAGUUUGACCUGAUGUACUAAAACAAGUCAACUAUAAAUACAAAAUGAAGAAAUACAAUAAAAAUGACAAAACAAUAAAAUUACUAAAACUAGCUAAAAUGAAAGUUGAAAAUAUAAAAACUAAUUCUAAAUAUUAAUACAAAAUUUAAUAUUAUAUCAUUAAUACUAAAAUAAUGCAGAUGCGUAUUUAGAAUAAUUAGAAAACAUUUUUCUUAAGUGAUUCCCAAUGUAUGACGUUCAUGAACUUUAUUUUAUUAGCAUCCCUGCAAUGUUUAAUUAUAUUUACAACAUUAGAAAGCAGCUUAACACACUUCAUGUGAAAUCUUAAUGCAUUGCUAAUAAAUAAUCUUUGUUCCAGCAAAUAGGACGAUAAGAGAAUGAUGAUGACAGUGCUGAACAUGUAAGCCAAAGACUUCAUAUGUCUAGAAAUCCACCUGAAACAGAUCGACAAUUACUUAAACAAACAAUAACCUGUUUGUUUAGCUCUUCUAUUUCAAUUCUAACCUGCAAACUGAUCUGUAUUUGAUGGCAAGGCUGUCCAUGUCUUCGUUUAUUUUCCAUCAUCCUCAUGUUAUUGAUCAUAAUGACAUCCCAGUGAAUUUCAGACGCUGUUUUUGGGCUGAUCUCUCAGAUCCAGACUGUUUGUGUUUGUAUCUGGACCUCUCGAUCAUCCUGAUGUGAAUAUGUGUGUAUAAUGUAACAUUUGCAUAUAGACGAUGGAGCGUAAUUGAAGAACGACUGUAAAUACUGCAUGUUUACUUGAUGUUUACUUAAUGAUGCUUAUACUAAUGAUGCUAAUAAUGACACUAAUAGUAAUAAUUCAAAUAAAAACAUGUAAUUAAGA